AUGACAUUAAUGAAGGAAGACCGAAACAAAGUUGAAGAGAAACUAUUGCAAUCAUCAAACGCAGCUGAAAAACUUUCAGAAGCUUUAUCAAGCAAUGAAUUACUGCUGAUUAAAAAUACGAUUUCGGAACAAAGAAUUCUUGAAUUAGAGGAAAGUUUAAAUGGCUUGGACACGGUUUUGAAACAUGAAAAAGAGAUCAAUUCUGAAAAGUUACUGGAGUUAGAGAAACUUCUUAACUCCAAUACAAUUACUGAAAACAAUUUACAGUUGGCAGAAACAGAAAAAUCGCAAUUAUUAAAAAAAGUUAAUGAAAUGGCCAGAUACAAACAACUCGCUGAUGAUCAAAUAGCAACGUUAUCGAAAGAAAACACAGAUAAAAAUUCAAGGUUAAUUACCUUGCAGACAGAGUUUGAAAAACUCGUUAACGAUUUCAAUGCUGUAAAUUCACGUUUUAAUGAACUAAAUGAUUCAAAAGUUAUGUUACAAACAAAGUUUGAGGAUUUGCAAAGUUUUUCCACUGAAAAAAGCUUGCAGUUAGAAAAAAUUCGUGAAGAAUUAAAAUUAACUCAGUCAGAAGUUACAACACUUAAAGAAAAUCUUGCCGUCCAAUCAUUCCAAUUAAACGUUUCAGAAGAAACUAAUAAAAAAAUUAAUUUUGAUAAAACAUUCCUUGAAGAUGAGCUUAAAAAAUUGUCUCAAGAAAUUGAACUUGUUAACGCUGAAAAAAUUCUUGAAAAAACUUUGAAAAUAGAGGAAGAAAAUAAAAGAAAAAUAGAAGAAGAAUGUUUUAGAAAACAAACUAUUGAAAAGAUUGCUGUAAGCAAUAUUGCUGUCGUUCGACAAAUUUCGUCUAAAAUAGAUGACCCAGUUUUCUUAACAAUCAGAAAAACAACGGCCCCUAGUCCCCAGCAGGCCUUUAGUGGUCAAGGGGUGCCGAGAAUCCCUGGAAAGUAUGCAAUAGCGGAGGGAUGUUGCAGAAAAAUUCAGAAUGGCCCCUCUAUGGUACUUAGACUUGGAACGCUCAAUGUUGGAUCACUAACUGGCCGCAGCAUGGAAAUCACAGAAAUGCUCGUUCGUAGAAGGAUUGACAUCUGCUGCCUUCAGGAAACCCGAUGGAAAUCGAAUGGUGUCUGUCAUGUCAACUCAGACAAAGAAAAAUAUAAACUAUUCUGGAAUGGUCAAAAGACGGCCAAAAAUGGUGUUGGAAUUUUUGUCAGAGAACCGCUAGCCCAAGAAGUACUGGAUAUUAAAAAGAUUAAUUCACGCGAUCUCAAUGGCCACGUUGAAGAGAAAACAGAUGGUUUUGACAACGUACAUGGCGGUUUUGGCUAUGGAAAACGGAAUGAAGAUGGCAACCGCAUCCUUGAGUUUGCUGAAAGUCACGGGUUUUGUUUAUUGAGCACAUAUUUUAGAAAGAGGUUGGAACAUCUCAUAACAUACAAAAGUAGACCAUCAGCCACGCAAACUGAUUUCUUCGCUGUCAAGCAACAACACCGAAGGCUAUUCAAAAAUGUCAAAGUUAUACCUGGCGAAUCAUGUGAGAUAGAAAAAUUGGAAAGUGUUCCGAAGAGUGCAACAAAAAUGAUUCAAAAAUGCAAAACAUUCUGUUGCACAGAUCGCUUGAGAUUACUGCCGGAUCACAAAUCCUAA